AUGUUAGAAGGAAGAACAAGAGGAUAUCUAGAGGACAAGGACAAGAUGUACCCCGGAUCUGUGGCAUCUCAGCAUCAGCUCACCGCCAGCAAUACUUUCAUGCCAACCGACUUUGCAUGCUGUAGCACACCAAUGUCGACCAACUAUCAUCAGAGAAAGACCAAUACCGAUAGGCAGGCCGCAGGAACGGCCAAGAAUGCGUGCGAGUCGAACGGUCCACGUUCAACAGCAGUGAAACUUGGCUGCUUGUCGAUUGACAUCGGAAGCACUCAAUGGUGCCCCACUGCCUCCACUACCUAA